AUGGCGUCAGCAACGGAACGUCGUCUUGACGACCCCGAUACCCGUGAAAAUAUAUGGAAUGACCCAAAGAUCGUCGAGGAUUAUCGCAUCUCGGAGAGGGUGACAGUGGUCUUUGCUAGAUCGUUGGUUGACCAAUCUGGUGUUAUAUCUGACAUUGACAAUGAAAAACCACUAUGCAUCCUUGAUAAUGCCUGUGGAACUGGGGCGCUUUCGUUGGUUUUGCAAGAGACGCUUCGCAAUCGCAGCAGCGGAUGGAAGUUAACCUGCGCUGACUUGUCCGAGGCAAUGGUUGGCUCCGUUGCAGCAAGAAUAAAGGAGGAAGGAUGGAAAAAUACGGAUACUGCUGUCGCCGAUAUGCAGGCAACUGGACUCUCAGCCAAUUAUUAUACCCAUGUCUUUGCGUGUUUCGGUCUCAUGAUUAUUCCAAACGGCCAAAAGGGUCUUGACGAAUGCCUCCGUGUGCUUAAACCGGGGGGAACCCUUGGAUUCACCGUUUGGAAGCAAAGUGGAUGGCUUAAUGACAUCAACGACGCCAUUGCUUCCAUGCCCGGCAACCUUAAACAGCCGACACCUGAAGAGUUCUCAAUGGCGCUCGAAAAUGGCGAUCCAUGGCACGAUACUGACUGGAUUAAAUCUCAGUUAGAGAAGCGGGGUUGCAAGAACAUACAAAUCACUCUCGUACCAAGGACACUGGCCCCCAGCCCACCGUCUGAGUUGAUCCGCGUAUUGACCCCUCUUGUAAACUUCAUACCAGUCAAAUUUUGGAGUGAGGAGCAGAGGAAAGAGAGCGCCGCUAACUUCGCGCCUGCACUGCUGGAAUAUUGGAACGAGAAGUACGGCGCUGAUACACCUGUCCCCAUGGAGUGGAUUGCCACGGUAGUAACGGCAUGCAAAGCCGAGAAUUAA